AUGCCUAAAGAAAAGAAAGAACCUAAAACUAAAAAAGAAAAGAAAGAAAAAAAAGAAAAGUCCCAUAAAGAAAAAAAGGAAAAGCAUUCUUCAAAACAUAAAGAGAGUAAAGGGAGUAAAAAGAGUAUUGUAAAAGAUGAUAAUGCAAUGGAGGUUGAUCUACCUGUAGCCAAAAUAGCCAAAGUUGAAACUCCAGUGGAAACUAAAUCAGACAAAGGUUUAAUUGUACAUUAUGACUUGAGAGCUCUAAUACCUUUUGCACAACCCUUGGCCUCUGAGGAAUUUACUCUGGAGAUAAUGAAAACGGUCAGACAAGCUGCAAAAAAACGGCAAUGUAGGCGUGGUGUAAAGGAAACUGUCAAGGCUAUACGUAAACAGCAGAAAGGCUUUGUCGUGAUGGCGGGAGAUGUUUCCCCAAUGGACGUGAUUUCACAUAUCCCAGUUUUAUGUGAGGAUAAUGAAAUACCUUUUGUUUUCAUUCCAUCUCGAGCUGAUCUUGGAUUCUCAUGUGCAACGAAACGUCCAACAAGUGUUAUUAUGGUUGUCCCUGAUCGUAAAACUGAAGAUAAUAACGAAUAUAACGAACAAUAUGAAACGUGUCUUACAAAAGUUAAGGAAUU